GCAAAUAUCAAGGCUAAUGCAUACAUUAACAUGAACGUGGAUUCAACUAAGGCCUCUACCUAUCCUUUCGCAAAGUACUAUCCAGCACCAAAAAUCAUGCGAAAAUUAGCAAAGUCUGAAGAGAAACAGGAUCGAAAGCAUUCAAAAUUUAGAAAUAAUCCAAAUAAAAAGAUACCACGUAAGAAACCGGCGAAGAUGAAUGAAGAAUUGGCAUCGACAGAAAAGGCACAAACGUCAGACCCACCCACGAUGGGUUUGGGUGCUGGAUUGCUGGAAAAAGUUAAGGAUAUUGUUCAUGAAUCGAGCUCAUCUUCUAAAAAGCCGAAUAAUGAAGUAAAGUCUGCACCCAAGAAGCAAUCAGGGAAACCUUCUGGUAAGAAGCCCGAAUCGAGGAAGAUAGUAUCAUCACCUCCCAAGAGUUCUUCUGAUGAUAAUAAAGGAGUGAUACAAGAAAAGUUUAAAGGAAAAGAAAAUAAGACUUCAGGAUCCAGAAAACAUGAGAAGACACCUAAAGCACAAGUACCAUCUACAGUGAUGGACGAAAAAGCUUUAACGAAACCAAAAAAAUCGAAGAAAAAAUCUUUCAAAAAGAGUAAGGAUGAUAAAAAGAUUGUUCCUGAGAAACAAGAAGACAAAGAACAUCAAGUAUCAGCCCCGAUCAAUAAAAGCAGCAAGAACAUGAGAAGAAAGCAGGUUUAUGAAAUGUAUUAUACCCGUCAAGAAGUAAUUGAAGGACUGAAUUCAGGAAAAUUGUUCAAAGGGACUUUACGCAUUCUUGACAACCAUCGAAGUGCGUUUGUUUGUAUGGAAGAUCGACCGGACUUCUACAUUGAUGGUCCUAUUGCCCGGAAUCGCGCUCUCCAUAAUGAUAUAGUUGUUGUUAAACCAAUUGAAGAUAAAAAUGAUAAUGGCAAUAGUGAUGAACACAGCAGCUCUAAUGAUGAACAGCUUAUGGAGAACGAAGAUGGCGACUUAUCUGAAACUGAACAGAAGCUUGAAUCGUUGGAAAUAAAUGAAGAACCAACACCAAAGGUCGACAAUCCAAGAUCUCGUGCAAAGGUUGUCUCUAUUGAAAAACGAAAUCCAAUCAACACUAUUGUUGGUAUUAUUCGUGCACCUGGAUGGUCGACAUCAAAUCAUGAUAAUGUUUCCACCAAGAGUGAUUAUGCGAUUUUCAUACCGAAAGACAAGCGAAUGCCAUUUAUUACAAUACAUAAGAAUGAUUUGGGUAUUCUGAAGGUUCACGACUGGAUUGAAAACAUCUUGAACCAUCAUUCAAAAUUGUUUGCUGCUGAAAUUUCAAAAUGGUCUACUUAUUCACGAUAUCCAAUGGGGGUUCUAAAAGAAGAAUUGGGUUCUGUGACUAAUGUUGAAGAUUACACAAACGCAUUAAUUUUAGAAAACGGCUUUUCUAGUCAAGCUUUCAGCCGUGAGGUAUUAGAAUGUUUGCCAGCUGAGGAUUGGAGAAUAACGGAAAAUGAAAUAGCGAAGAGACGAGAUUUUCGAAAUGAUAUUGUCUUAACUAUAGAUCCUGAUACAGCUAAAGAUUUGGAUGAUGCUGUUUCUUGUAAAUAUCUUGGCAAUGGAACUUACGAAGUUGGUGUCCAUAUUGCUGACGUGAGUCACUUCAUGAAGCCGGAUACGCCUCUUGACAAGGAGGCUGCUUCCCGAGCAACGACUGUUUAUCUUGUGCAAAAGGCAAUCCCCAUGUUACCUUCCUUACUAUGCGAGCGUUUAUGUUCGUUGAAUCCUCAAGUAGAGCGACUUGCAUUUAGUGUUACUUGGAAGAUGAAUAAGGAUGGUAAAGAAGUUGGUAAACGUUGGUUUGGUAAAAGUGUUAUUAAGACAUGUUCCCGAUUAGCUUAUGGCGAAGCACAAAAUAUUAUAGAGGGAAAAUCGUGGGCCGAAGGUGUUGGCAAACCAAUUGGAGGAAACCAUUCUGCGAAAGAUGUGGAGGAAACGAUUAUGGUGCUUUUCGAAAUAUCAAGAAAGUUACGAGCGAGAAGAUUUGCGAAGGGAGCUGUAGAAAUUAAUUCCACGGAAUUAAAAUUUCAGUUGAAUGAAUAUGGCUUGCCGGACAUGUGUGAAGUAUAUGAGCAAAAAGAAGCGAAUCACUUAAUUGAAGAGUUCAUGUUACUCGCGAAUCGGUCAGUAGCAGAAAAGAUAAGUAACUCGUUCCCAGCAAACGCUUUAUUACGUCGACAUGCUAGUCCCAAAGAAAGGCAAAUUAAUGAAUUCUGCAAGUUUAUGGAAGGAUUGAAGUUUCACUUUGAUGCUUCGUCAUCCUUUUCUUUUAAUGACUCAAUGAAUCGAUUAAGAAGUUCCUUUAAUCCUGAUUUGGUAGAACUUUUUGAGAACAUGGCCGUACGUUCUCUUAAUCGUGCUGAAUACUUUUGCACCGGUGACUUUCCGGAGCGUAGUGAUUGGCAUCAUUACGCACUUUCUUUUGACUAUUAUACACACUUCACUUCACCUAUCCGAAGAUAUCCGGAUGUGAUUGUCCAUCGUUUACUAGAAAACGCAUUAAAGCAAAAAUCGCCUAACUUGCCCAAGAAGUUAUGUUCAAAGUAUGCGGAGCAUAGCAAUGAACAGCGUGAAAAAGCAAAUACUAUUCAAGAAGAUAGUCAGCAAUUAUUCUUAUCCGUAUUUAUAUCGGAGUAUUGCAAGAAACGUGGAGUAUCUUCUAUGCCCGUUACUGCUUUUGCUACAAGAAUUCAAGAUCGUUCAAUUGAUGUUUAUGUCUCUCAGUACGGAAUUUCUAGCCGUGUCGAGUUACUAAACGACGAUAAUGUAAAGACCUAUAAGAUAUUACCAGAUGAUUCAGCUGUGAUCAUAAAGAAGCAGGAUGACUCAGAGAUUAAAAUUUCCCUUACAGAUAAGUUCCAAGUGUACAUGUAUUCUGAUUACAGUCGCACCUUUUUUUCGGUUCGCUGUUCAUUAUUUCCUAAAACAUAAUGUCUAUUUGGAUACAGACAUUUCCUGUGAAUACUGAAGGGCAAGUAUCAUAUUGAUUUUUGGUCAUUCAAUAUUUUUUGUUUAAUGAGUUAAUUGUGAAAACUACAAUAUGUGAUGUUAUGUCUAUUCUACGAUAAAGUAACGUUUGAUGAGUUCUGCUGCAAGUGUUAUAUCAAGUCUUUGUGAGUUUGGCUUAAUAAAGAAAUCGAAUGUAAAUACCUUUUUUCCUAUUUUAUUUUGUAUUAUUUAUAGCAUGAAUGAAUACAUUACUUUUUUUCAGUCUUAAGUAACAGUUUGGUUGUGACCUAUUUUAAGCUGGC